UGCUCCUUUAAACGCUCUUAUUUUUUUAACUUCUUUUAGGUUAUAUGUCUAUAAAGGAUAUCUGAAUCUCAUUGUGCCUCCCUACCCUAUCAAAUCCCCUGUUAAGGAAACGAGCUGGCAUUGUUUGUAAUUAAGUGUGAAGUAGCAAUUUUUUCGCACAUUUGUCGCGCCAAAUCUACACUCACUAAUUUUCAGAAGUUAACGACGUUCUGAGAGUAAGGUUUUCUCCCGCGGAGUGCGAGAUAGAUGCGUAUGCUACGGUCUUGAUCCAGGUGACGCUGCGCGCGGCGAGGGCGAGCGCGCGGCGCGUGCGUGCCUACCGCGCGACCGUGCGCCACGCAGCCUCGCCCCUCUACCUGCUGGUCGACACCGCAGUUGACGGAAGAAAAGUUAGCAUCGACAUCCCUACGGGCGACGAUGUCACAUCUGUGGUGACCGUCACUAGGAGUGAACGUUAUACCGUGGGACUACCUGACUGGUGACAAUAAAACCUCACUUUUACCGGAGGAGAUAUUUGCUGAUUUCGAACAAAUGCGUGCAACUCAGGCGGUGGAGACAGCGUUGCAGACAGGGGUGGAGACAAUGCUGGAGACAGUGCCAGAGACAGCGGAGGAUACAGUGCCGGAGACAGCGGAGGUGACAGUGCUAGAAACAGCGCCAGAGACAUCAGCGAAGACAGGAUCGGAGACUGCGGCAGACACAGCGGUGGAGACAGUGGAGGAGAUAGCGAUGGAGAUAGAGAUAGGCGGCGGUGAGAAGUGCGCCUGCUACGCGCCCUCCGCACCCCCCGCGACCCCACGCCUCCCCGCGCUCUGUCUGCAAUUUACACGCGUGCCUGUCGGAACUGUUCAGUGGCGGCAGGUGGCGCUGCACAAUGCGGGCGCGCUGCCGCUGCGCUGGAGCGCGCAUGUCCGCCGCUGGCCGCACGCGCGCGCGCUCUCACAGCUGCACGGACACUGUUCAGAGGAAGUGGAUGCGGAGGCGGCGGGCGUGCGUGUGCAGUGCUUGCCGGCGGGGGGAGUGCUAGUCGCUGGCGGCACGUCCCACCUGGCGCUGGGCGUGCACGCGCACACCUGGGGCCUGUACCGCGACCAGCUGCUCCUACAGACGGAGCAGAUGGCACCGCUGGUGUUAGACGUGUGGGCGGAAGUGGUGGGAGCGCCGUUGCAGUUUGCGCUGCGGCCGUGCUGCCAGUCUGCUAGCCAGCUCGGCAGCCAUCCCGCCAGCCAGCCUGCCAGCCAGCUCUCAGGCCAGUCUACCGAGCCUCCCGUCUUAUGGAUGUCGCGGUCGGACCCGGCGCGACGGCUAGUGCUGGACAACACGGCGCGCUGCGGCCUGCGCGUGCGCACGCUGCUGCUCAAGGACCAUGAGUGCGCCCGCGACGCGCUGCCCCUGCGUCUGUACAUGCGCUUCUACGACGUGCAGCGGCAGGAGAUACCACUGCGGGGCCACAAAGGAUUCAUCAUGGCUUUUCAUGAAGACUCCUUGUGCCAAGAUUUAUCAGAAGACUAUAUAGGUACCGGAAUUGAAUUAAUUAUAUCUGACGAUUACGGGUUGCAAGUUGAAACAAUUUUUGAGGUAAUUUGUGUUCUCAAUGUUUAA